AAAAAAGAAGAAGAAGAAGAAUGGACCCACGCGCUUCCGCGACAAGAUACUGGCCCGGACGAUGAAUUCAUUUUCCUGCGAGAGUGUGACUUUGCUUCGACUUUGGUUUCUGUUGCUACGUGCCGCUAUUCGAUCGGGGUUGUUCUUGGAGACAAAAGUUCUUAUCAGCAAGACAUGAGAGGCCAAUUUUAUUGUUGCGUCUUUUGAGACUACGGGUUAUAUUGUUAUACUUAUUCGCUCAUGUCGAGGAGUCUGCAGUUCAUCCUGUGUCUGUGCUAUCGUCCUUUAUGGAGGCGGUCAUUGCCCAAUAGAAAAUCACCAAUCCACUAGUAUACUGUUAGGUAGUUAGAGGCGGUACCUUAUUCAUCCAUUCCUUAUCGCGAGCUAAGUGGAAACAAACCAUUGCUCACCUUUGUCUCAAUUGACUUGGCCCCUGCAGCACCAGAACCAUGAUUACUACGGCGAAGCUAAACUUCAUCACCGGUAACAAAAACAAAUUGGCUGAAGUGAAAGCGAUACUGGGAAAUGUAGUUGAGAUUGACAGCCAAGCAAUCGAGGUACCCGAGAUACAGGGAUCCAUUGAAGAAAUCGCGAAAGAAAAGGCUAGGCGUGCAGCAGAAGAGAUAGGCGGCCCUGUCUUGACGGAGGAUACAGCGCUUGGAUUCCGCGCUCUGAAAGGACUUCCAGGCGCGUAUAUCAAACAUUUUUUGAGCGCACUGGGACACGACGGUCUCAACAAGAUGCUUGAUUCUUUCGACGACCGAAGUGCAGAAGCCGUUUGCACAUUUGCUUUUUGUCGUGGUCCUGGAGAAGAACCAAUACUUUUCCAGGGAAGGACUGAGGGUAUUAUUGUCAGGCCGAGAGGCCCAUUGAACUUCGGCUGGGAUCCGAUAUUCGAACAUAAUGGGAUGACAUAUGCUGAGAUGGAUAAGGAGGAAAAGAAUCGAGUUUCUCACAGGUACAAGGCUCUCGCCAAGCUAAAGCAGUGGCUCGAAGACGGGCACCUCUACCUUGACAGUGCAGGUACGAGGACCUGAAAGGUUUGAAGGAAAAGCCAUUAGGUCUGCCUAAGUCGGACUUCACUCUCUGUUUUCCAGUCGGCUUUCUUUCCAGGAUUCUAUCCAGGCUGAAAUCCUCGUACAGUUGCUCUCUACAUCAUCAUCCUCCU